AUGAUCCUUGGCCUAACCCUGAUGCACGACUCCGCUCUUGCCCACACUCCCACCCGAUCUCUCUCUCUCCAAAACGCAUCGCUGCGCCACUGGUCCCACGCCACAACCCAGUACCAGCGUCUCCUCUCCGGUCCCAUACCUGCAUCCCAACGCGACGCCAUCUGGGCCACAGGCGUCCACCUCGGCGCUGCUUCCUUCUGGUAUCUUGAGUCCGACGACCCCCACACAGUCUGGCCGCUGAAGCCUUCCGAGCCAGGCGACCUAGCGUGGAUGAAGAUCGGAGAAGGCAAACGACAUCUCUGGCGUAUAGCAGAUCCUACGAGGGAGGACAGUGUAUUCAACCGUGUUUUGAAGAAGAAGACAGGCCCAUGUCCCACGCCGCCCGAGUGGAUGGUGAGCAACGACACUAGUCUCGUGCCUGAGAAGGUUAGACUGCUGUUUGGUAUUACGGAAGAAUCCAACAAGGAGAACAACGUCUAUCACUUUCCCGUCCUCAUCCUUUCGCGGAUCCAACAUCUGCGCCUGUCCCACACCAACGUCUUGGAUUUCCUUUACUUCACCGCGUUUAUCACGCCCGAGUUCCUAGCCUUACUUGAACACAAAGAUCCCAAAGCCGUGUUUUUGCUAGGCUGGUGGUUCAGCUUGUGUCGCGAUGGCACGCUUUGGUGGGUGACGCGUCGUGCGAGGGUCGAAGGAGAGGCUGUGCGGGUUUGGCUGGGGAAGGUGGAUAAGCGUCUUUUGGACUUGUUGGAGGAGCUGGGUAGGAGGAGGGUGAAUGUGAUGGAAGAGAUGUUCUGGGCUAGGGAUCGGGUUGUGGAUGAGGAGGGCUUUGAGACUAAUUGGGCGUUGGAUUCUAGAGGGAGGAUAUUGACGGUGGCCUGA